AUGGCCAACGCAAUCCUCGUGCCGGCGGUGCCUCCACCGGAAGGGCAGACGUCGAAUUUCGUGAACCCGACAUACUGUGGUACGAAGUUUGUGAUUGUGAACUGCAUCUUCCUGCCCAUCGCGUUCAUUUCGUUGGUUAUUCGCGUGUGGACUCGGAUGUUCAUUGCUCGUGGCUUUCGUUGGGAUGACUAUUUGAUGAUUGUCGCAUUUUUAUUAUCGUGUGCGCUGAGCGCUGUGACGUUGGACAUGCUUAACUGGGGACUGGGUGUUCAUAUGUGGGAUGUCCUUCUUGCGGAUCUGUCUCCGAUGUUUCUGAAGCUCAACGUCGUCGCGGCUAUCAUGUACUGCGCUGGCACCGGGUUCCUGAAAGUGUCAGUGCUGUUAUUUUACAUGCGCAUCUUCCCGAGUCGCAAUUUCCAUAUCGCCAUCUGGGUGCUCGUUUUCACAGCCGCGAGUUACAAUGUUGCCAGUGUACUGGCCAAUGUUUUCAGCUGUAACCCGAUCGCCAAAAGCUGGGAUGUCAGCAUCACUCACGGCUCGUGUAUGAACCGACCGGUGUUCUACUUUGCGAACGCAGCUCUGAGCAUCAGCACCGACUUUGCUACAGUCCUGGUUCCAGUGCCGUGGCUGCGGCGACUCCAGAUGCCGCUGCGGCAGAAGAUUGCUGUGGGCUGUAUUCUAGCCAUGGGGUGCUUCGUCGGUGUUGUCAGCUGCAUCCGUCUCGCUAGUCUAUACACUCUGCUAAUGGACGACGACUUGACCUGGAAUACGGUGAAUGCUUUGUUGUGGUGUGUCAUCGAACUCAACCUAGGAAUAACAGGAGGCUGCGUGACAGCCAUGCGACCAUUCGUGCGGCGCUACUUCCCCCGUCUGCUAGGCCUCUCCUCGCACAGCAUUGGCAGCAGAUACACUUCCCAGUCUGGCGCGAAUUCGCACCCCCUACAAUCGUUCCCACACAGCGGACAGCAAGUCUCUUCUAACCAAGGCCAUGGCCAUCAGUACUCCAUCACGUUCAAGUCGGGCGCGGACAACUCGAGCGAAGAGCAUAUUCUGUCAGGGCCCACGCAGGCCAAGGAACUGGAUGGGAUUAUUCGCACGGUGGAGUUUGACGUGAAGGACUCGGGGAGCCGUAGUUAG